AUGAACGACAGCCUGAGUCCUGUUAAUUCUCCUGUGUUCCCGGUGGAUAAAGAUUUGGAUAUUCCGUCAAAUGCUCAACCUUUGAGUCAGACGACGUCGAUCCAAAUCUAUAUCCAACUUGCGGAACCCGUGGUAUUUCUGCAGGGUUUUGAGCAGCACCAGUGGUCUGAGAGGCCACCUGGUCUUCUGAGAGGAUCUUUGAUUAUAAGAGUGCUCAAGCCCAGCAAAAUCAAGUCGAUUUCUUUGAACUUCAAAGGUGUGUCUAAAACGGAAUGGCCCGAGGGGAUCCCGCCCAAGAAACAGGAGUUCGUAGAGUCUAUCGAUAUUGUGAAUCAUACAUGGCCGUUUUUCCAAGUUGAACAUAAUCACGUUCAGAACAGCAACAGUUGUGAUGCGGACGACUUACUGAAAGGUAGUUCAGCGUCGCUUUAUCGUCCUUUGAAAAAAAAGGAUGGAAGCGUAAGUACCAUGAGCUUGAACCCAACAAUUUCUCCAAAUCAGAAUAAGCAUCAGACGAGCGGAUCCUUACUACCUAUCAGUAAUAUUCUGCGCAGAGCAACAUCUCCUGAUCAUCAUGCAGCUCAACAGAGGUCUAGAUCAAGUACAAAUGCAAUCUCUGAUUUACUGACGUCCACGCUCUCGAAUGGUAGCGACAGUAACUCUGUUUUUUCCAAAUCUUCAACUGGAAAUGAGCCCUUUAUUUUUCAACCAGGUGAAUAUGUGUAUUCGUUCGAACAACCUAUUCCUUUGUCAUGCCCGGAAAGCAUUCAAGCCUCUUUUGGAUCUGUAGAAUACUAUUUGCAGGUCUCAGUGGACAGAGCUGGUGCCUUCAAAAGUAACAUACAUACAAGGUUUCCCCUUAAAAUCGUCCGAACACAGUCUGACUCCUCCGUUGAAGAAACUGAACCUAUUGCUAUCUCCCGUGAUUGGGAGGACCAGUUACAUUAUGACAUUGUUAUUGCCUCUAAGGACAUUGUUUUGGAUGCUUUCCUACCAAUAGCGUUCAGAGUCACGCCCAUGGACAAGGUUACUUUACAUCGUAUAAGGAUUUAUUUGACUGAGACUUUGGAAUACUACUGUAAGAAUAAAAAAGUUCAUAGAUUGGAGCCGACUAAAAAGUUUCUUCUGGCCGAGCAUAAAGCAGCCCCAUUAGAUGAUCUUCCCAGUGGUGCGAAUCUGUCGAAAGCCAAGAAUCUAGGAAAUCUACUAGUUGACGAGAGAAAUGGAGACAUCAUUUCCAAAGAAUUUGAAUAUCAAGUCUUUAUUCCUGAAAGACUAAAUGUACAACAACGUAUUCAUCCAGAUACGUCUUAUCAGAACAUCAAAUCGAAUCAUUGGAUAAAAAUAUGUCUUCGUUUAUCGAGGUUGGUGGAUGGUAAAAGAAAGCACUACGAAAUCAGUAUCGAUUCUCCCAUUCAUGUUCUUCAUAAAUUAUGUUCACACGCGAAUACUCUUCUUCCGAGCUAUGAUACGCAUUCAGCUAUUCCUGGAGGAGACGCAUCUCAGUUUGGUGAUCUUGGGGUGAAUCUAUAUCACAGUUCGAAUCUUUAUUUUCCUAAGGAGAUUUUGAACUCUCCAGUGAUGUCACCAGAAGUCCAUCCAUUGGAAGAGCGCUUAUCUUUUUCUCCAAGGUCUUUAACUCCAAUUCAAAAUGCCCGUCGUCUAUCACACUCUCACAAUCAAAAGUCAGAUGAUCAACAUAAGAAAUUGGAUGACUUUCUUUUGAAUUCACCCGAGAUGAAAUCGAAUAUUUAUCAACCUGAUCACAUUCAGCCUGAAUUAGUUUCGCCUCAGGCCAUUCCGUUAUCGCCUAUUUCAUCGCCUCUCGCGCGCCCAAUACAUCUAUUGAGAAAGCCUAGUUUUGAGCCACCUCCAUUUGAUGCAGACCUUUCACCUCCACCUGCGGUAGAUUUCACACUAGAGAAUGGGGAACAUAGAAAUGCUCCAAAAGAGCCCCCAAGCUAUGAAGAUGUGAUGACAGCCGAUGGAAUUUCGCCAACUUUUGUUCCUCCGCAGUUGACAAUUACUGCCGCUGAAACUGGAAGGUCCGCUGAAGAUUUGUCUGCUCAGCGUAGUCUGAAGACAGCGAGGGAUAAUAGUGGAGAUAUUGCAUCCUCUUUUUCAUUUCAAGGUUCUAUUCCAGGGUCCCCUGACCUUCCCAUGUCAGUUUUAAGGCCUAAUUCUCCACAAUUAAAACCAUUGGGUGCCACGUUUAACAUGAGUAGAAGAGGAAGUAUACAGGACAACUUACCUUCUACGAUCAAGAACUCUAGUGAUACAUUCAAUGAUUUGAAUGAUGUUUUAGGUUGUUCUGAGGGAGAGGGUGUUGAAGAAUAUGUUCCAAAAAGUCAAAACUCAUCUGCUGCAGCCUCUCCUAGAUCAUCGAUGGACACUACCACAGGGUACUAUACACGAGGCACCACGAAUAUGGAGCCACUUUUGAGCUCUAAAACCAAUCAAACUAUGGAUACUUUUUUGCAAUCAAGAGAAUCUAUAACAGGUUAUGAAGAGCCUUCAACUGAGGCCUCUGUGGAUAUAACAGCACUUUAUGAUCGCAAUUCGAAUGCAUGGCAUCCAUUGCAAAAUGAAGCACCUAUGUCGCCAGUGCUGGGUAAAGAUUACUCAUUCAACGUGGCGGAAGGCAAUAACGUUUUCGAGGAUUUUCAGAAAGCGUUUAGGGUUCCUGCUGGUACGGAGACUCCUGAAAGAAAUGAAGAAGCAUCUGCAGAUUUGGUAAGUUCCGGAGCAACAUUGAGCUCCGAGCAAAGUUUAGAUGAUAAUUCUGAGAUUAAAAGACAAAAUUCAAGUCUUCAACAAAAGCAAUUGGUGACGGCUCAGGACAAAGUGAAAGGUUCCCCUGUCUCUGGAGAGAUUGCCAAAUAA